UCCGUGCCAGAGAAGAGAACACCUAACCAUCGGCAUUCGAUAGCUCUUCAGCUCCUAUUACCUCAUACAACCAUCCACAUCCACCAUUCACUUAACCAUCCCUUCACUACUAUAGAACCUCCGUGGGAAAACCUGCCGAAAAAAAUCCGAAAGAGUCUACAAUAUAAAGGGUUAACGAAGUCACGAGAGGAAAGGGGGCACAUCUAGAGGAUGGCCAGAAUUCGAGAUAUCCAGCGGACAGCCGCUUUUGCGUGGUCUCCAGACACCGCCCCUUUUAUUGCGACGGGCACCCAAGCUGGUGCUGUUGCCGUUGAUUUUUCCGACAAUACCCAGUUGGAGCUGUGGGAUCUGGAUCUCGGAAAUGCCCAUGCCGGAGGUGAAUUAGCGCCAGUUGCAUCGAUCACCGCCGAUAGCAGGUAUGUCACAACAGAGCGCAGUUGCUGAGAAUUGGUGGAUGAUAUCCAAAGUUUGCUGGCUGACUAAAGAUAGAUUCUACGAUAUUGCCUGGGGAAAAGUGUCCAAUGAUAAGCCUCGGGGAAUCAUUGCCGGUGCAUUGGAGAAUGGGUCAUUGGAUCUAUGGAGUGCCGAUGCAUUGUUGAGCAAUAGUGGGCAGGUUCCCCCCCGGUCGUCAUUUAGUGAUCAGGGUGCUAAUGCUAGUCAAGUGAUCCAUUGGUUUCUCGGACAACAAAGCACACGGGCUCCAUCAAAUCGCUCCAGUUCAACCCAUUCAAGUCCGAACUCCUUGCUACGGCGGGUGCGAAGGGAGAGGUGUGAACCGGCCAUUCAUACACGAAACUGAGCAUGACUAACUCAUCUUUGUAGCUCUACGUUUGGGAUCUCAACAACACCGAAAAUCCUUUCCUUCUUGGAAACAGGGCUGCUCGAGCUGACGACUUCGACUGCCUCGAUUGGAACAAAAAGGUUCCCCACAUCUUGGUUACUGGAGGGAACGGGGGCUUUGUGACAGUAUGGGAUGUGAAAUCCAGGAAGGAAUCACUCACAUUAAACAAUUUGGGCCGCAAGGCGGUCAGUGCUGUUGCCUGGCACCCAGAACAGGUCCGUUAAGCUUAUGUCAAUUACAACAGCCCUUGCUAACAACCCGCAGCAAACAAAACUCAUUACCGCUACUCCGGACGACACCAAUCCAGUUAUAUUACUUUGGGAUCUGAGGAACUCAAAUGCUCCCGAGCGGGUUUGCAAAUCUUCCCUAAUUCGUACGUACCCAGGAGCUGACAAUAUUGGUAGACAUUAUCUGGUCACGAAUUGGGUGUACUAUCUCUUUCCUGGUGCAAACAAGAUACAGACCUCCUCCUCUCUUGCGGUAAGGAUAACAGAACAAUUUGCUGGAACCCACAGACAGGGGAGAAGCUUGGUGAAUUCCCAGUGGUCACCAACUGGACUUUCAAGACCCAGUGGAACCCCAGGAACCCGAGCCUUUCAGCUACUGCUUCAUUCGAUGGGAAGAUUGUUGUCCAAACCCUCCAAAACACAAACCCGACCUCGUCCCAAGCCGAUAACCCGGGCGCCGCACAGCUUGAUGCUGAUGACUUCUUCUCCAGAGCAAGCAACGCUCAGACUUCCUCAUUUACUCUUAAACAACCACCGAAGUGGCUCCGGACCCCCGUGGGGGCAUCAUUUGGGUUUGGCGGUAAACUGGUCAGCUUCACAUCUCCAGAGCCUCAGUCUGGCCAACCUCGUCGGUCUGUAGCGAAAAUAUCGACCGUUGCUGUCGAUUCCGGGGUUAGUUCGGCCACCAAGAACUUUGAGGGGGCAUUGAGGGAAGGUAACCUUGUGAACGUCUGUGAUUUGAGGAGCCAGGAUGCGAAAACCGAUGAGGAGAAGGCGGAUUGGGAGAUUCUUAGGACGUUAUUCGAGGGGAACCCCCGGGAGAAGCUGAUUGAGUACCUCGGAUUCAAAGAGGAGGAUUUGGAGGCUACAGACCCAGGGGUGGACACAAAGAACACAAAUGGUGAAGGCGAAAACCGGAGCUUGGACCAGUCAGAUGGCCCAGAUGCCAAGGACAAACGACUUUCAUCAUUCUUUGCAGAUGCUGGCGCCGAUUCGGAAAACUUUUUGGCGGAUCUUUCUUCCAUUCAAUCUACUCGUGGGGCGAGGGCGAACAACCCUUUCCAAAUAUUUACAGGAAAUGAGUCUGAGGCGGACAGAAGGAUCACUCGCGCAGUUGUUUUGGGCCAGUUUGAAAGGGCCGUUGACGUCUGUUUAAAGGAAGACCGUAUAUCUGAUGCAUUCAUGCUAGCAAUCUGUGGAGGAGAAAAGUGCAUCGAAAAGGUCAAAACAGCAUAUUUCACGAAGAAUGUUAAAGGCCCGAACUAUCUUCGUGUCCUAGCUUCUAUCGUUGGAAAGAAUCUCUGGGAUGUAGUGCACAAUGCGGACCUCGCCAAUUGGAGAGAGGUCAUGGUUGCUCUUUGCAGUUUUGCGGACGAAAAGGAUUUCCCAGAUCUUUGCGAGGCCUUGGGUGACAGACUUGAACAAGAAUUGGGGCUCGUAGAAGGAAGAAAGGAGGCCCGAAAGCAUGCAUCCUUCUGUUACCUGGCAGGUUCGAAACUUGAAAAGGUUGUUGAUAUCUGGAUUGAAGAGCUUCAUGAGGAUGAGAAGACUGGUUUAGAAGAGAUCUCUGACGAUUCAACAUUUGCCGUCCACGCCCGCUCUCUCCAAAACUUCAUUGAAAAGGUUACUGUGUUCCGGGAGGCGGUCAAGUUCUCGGACGAAGAAAAGAGCCUCGCCAGCGGUUGGAAGCUCCAUGUCCUUUAUGAGAAGUAUUGUGAAUACGCGGACGUAGUUGCUUCUUAUGGACAGCUAGAAGUUGCGGAGAGAUAUCUGGAUCUUCUCCCGACCAACUAUCCCGCAGCCACGGUAGCUAGAAACCGGGUGAAGGAAGCUUCCGGGAAGGGAGCCACUACAACACAAGCUCGCAAGCCACAGCAAACCGCUGCAACUGGAUAUGGUGCCCAGCAACGCCAACCAACUAGCUCAACAUACCAACCACAGCAGUCAGCAACCGCAACCACUCGCCCUGCCAAUCCCUACGCACCACCAGCGCCAGUGGCAGCUCCUGCUCAUCCAUACGGCGCACCGGCAUCCGCACCACAGCACGGUUCUUAUGCUCCACCCGCCCCGCCAACCGGAGCGAACCCCUAUGCUCCCCCGACAGUGACUCAGGGAUACAAGCCGAGCCCCUAUCAACCUACCCAGCCAACUCAAGCCUCUGGGCAGUAUGGAACCGGGUAUCCAGGAUACAGUGCCUCUGGCUUUAGUCAGCCUCCUCCUCCCCGAAAUUUCAGCCCCGCUGCCUCGGUACCACCUCCUUCCCAGGCAUCUAAUAUGGUUAAUUGGAACGAUACACCUAACGUGACCAAAAUGCCCCGCCGUGCGACACCCUCUGCGACAGCACCAGUGACCUCACCUUUCCCAGGCGCUCCAAGUGCACCCUCGCCGCCAACGGCAUCUAUGCCUUUUGGCGCACCUCCCCCCAGAGGAUCUUCUGUGCCCCCUCCUCCAAAGAACGCUGCGCCCCCACAGCGGGUUCAGUCCCCUGCCCAGCACCAGUUGAGAUCCCAGUCUCCAGCUGCGCAGGCACAGACACCUUAUUCCCCGGCUACACAGACUUUCCCUCCUUCGCAACCUAGUUAUGCUAGUGCUCCCCCCCCGACUGCGGCGGCGAGUAGGUAUACCCCCGCCCCCGCCCCCGCAGCCGCAGCCGCAGCUCCACAACCGCGCCAGAAUCAGACGAUACCUCCACCUCCUCAGGGGGCUUUUGUAGGUGCAAGGCAAGGCGGGCCGGGGCCUCAAUACGCACCUCCACCAACUACCUUCGGUCAGCCGCCAGCGCCAUCACCUUAUGCACCAGCACCAUCUCACAGCCAGGGCAGUCAGUAUGGCGCAGCCCCGGGGCCCGGCCAAUACGGACCUCCGCCAACCCAACGACCAUCAUCUCAGCCUACUCAGCUGGAGACCGCCCCACCACCAAAAACACAGACACCGGUCCCACCUCCAUCUAAGCAUCGUAAGUGUAUCCCGUAAUUGGAGAGGGCCCUUAUUCUAACACGCAUACUAGCUGUGGGUGACCGAACACAUAUUCCUUCACAGUACCGUCCCAUUUUUGAACUCUUAACUUCCGACUUUGAGAGAGUCAAGCAACGUGCUCCGGUACGCACACCCCUUCUAGACCUUCCGAGUGGAUUUAGAGAGUUGAUAGAAUACUGACGUAUAUCUAAUUCAGCCUGCCUUCCAACGUCAAGUCAAAGACACCGAGAAGAGGUUGAAUAUACUCUACGACCAUAUUAACAACAAAGAUAUUCUCUCCCAGGAGGCCCUUGAGAGUAUGCUAGAGCUCUCAAAAGGUUUACUCACCUUCCGCUUUCUGUUAGACCAAUUUUUAACGCUCUGGUAUAGCGCUCGUUGCCAAGGACUACACGACAGCACAUUCCAUCCAGGUGGAUUUGGUAACGAACCGAACUUCAGAAUGCAACAUCUGGAUGCCCGGAGUAAAACGGUUGAUAGAGAUGAGCCGGGCGACCCCCGAAUAAGUAGCGUAUGGUUGUGAUGCCCAGAUCAUCAGUAUCAAACCGCGCAAAUCUUCGGUUUGGGUGUUACUUUUACCCUCUUCUGUUUACCAUCCUCAUUGCCGGAAAAAGACCCAAUGUGAUGGUUAAUGCCGCACCCAAGUACAUUGUUUUACACCCGCAUGUUUAUGAUUUUUGUAACGGUAAAACUAAAAUUCAAUUCUUCUUCCGUAAUUAAAAAAAUCUUGUAGACACAGAGUUUAACCACGGCAGUUUUACGGUGAUGUGCCGGCGUGGUUCUCUUUUUGGAUCAUAGUGGGGUGCAAGUGAAUAACAAUCCAUGACGGUCAGGAAUCCUGAUCUGCGAUAACUU